GAAGAGAACUUUCGUUUUAUAAUUCACUUGGAUACUCUCUCUCAUUUUCUCUCCGCUCUAGUUACACAGAAUGCAACUAUGAGAAUUUGGUUUGGUUCUGAAACUUGACAUCUCUUGUUUCAAUACGAGUUUCAGUUUUUCAUUCACAGCACCACCACCACCAACAACAAUAGAGAUGAAGGCUCUUUGCUUCGAGGAUGACAACAAAGAAGGCACUGAAACGAAAUCUUAUUUGGAUAACAAACGUAGAGACAGAAAAGAAGCUCCUCGAGUCGGAGAUCAGUACCAGGCUGAGAUUCCAUCAUUAAUAACAGAGCCUCGUAUUUGUCAAUCAGUGAAAAUUUCAAGAGAUUCGGAUAAGACAGAAGCUGUUUCAUUGAAGUUAAGAAUUCCUCUUAUAAGGCCACAUUGUAAACUUAAAAGCAGUUUUGAGAUUUUAGAAUCUGUCACUACUCCAAGGGGCUCAAAUCUUCUACCUGGCUUGCUGAGUGCUCCAUCUUGGACAGAGGUUGAGCGCAACAGUUUUCUCCUAGGCCUUUAUGCCUUUGGGAAGAAUCUUAAUACUGUGAAGAGAUUUGUUGGGAGCAAAAGUAUGGGAGAAAUACUCUCUUUCUACUAUGGAAAGUUUCAUAGGUCCGAAGGAUAUUGCCGAUGGUCAAAGUGUCGGAAGUGGAGAUCUAACAGACGUAUAUAUGGCCAGAAAAUAUUCAUAGGAUGGAGGCAACAAGAGCUGGUAUCGCGAUUAUCUUCCCAGGUGUCAAAGGAAUGUCAGAUCACUGUGGUUGAGCUCACAGGAAAAUUUGCUGAGGGUAAAAUGCGAUUUCAAGACUAUCUUUUUGCUUUGAAGGAUGCAGUUGGAAUUGACCAGCUUGUAGCGGCAGUAGGUGUUGGCAAAGGAAAAAAAGAUCUCACAGUUUCCAAGAAAACACAAAUCAAGCACAACAAUUCUGUUAAACAGAAGAUACAGAAGGUGAAAAACUGUAUUUCAUCCACAGACAUAGUUAAACUUCUUAAAGGAGGAGAUCUAAAACUUAACAAAGAUCGAUCCAACAAUCUCUUUUGGAAAGAUGUUUGGCCUCGUCUUGUAGCAAAAGGAUGGCACUCUGAACAGUAUAAAGAUGGUACUGUUUCUGGUUCGAGGCAAUCUUCAGUUUUUCUUAUUCCUGGUAUCAAGAAAUUUUCAAGGGCAAAACUUCAAAAAGGUAACCACUACUUUGACUGCAUAAGUGAUGUGUUGAAGAAAGUAGCGUCUGAUCCAAGGAUUCUUGAGAUGGAAGCUCAAGCAAAUGAGAAGAGUAUAGCUAAGAAAAAAUUAAAACAGGAAAAGCAAGCCUUAGAUGGGAACUCAACGAAGCAUCAAGUUUCACAUCCUCGAACUCAUAGCUCAAAGCGUCAAGAUCCAAUGAAAUUCACAAUUGUAGACACCACCAUAGUUUCUGAUUCGGACAAGCAUAAGGGGAGAAAACCAAGAAUCUCAACUUUUCGAACCUUGAGUAUGUCUACCAUCUCUAGCUACUCCAGUGGAUCCGAACAAGGUGCAUCUCAUUCUCAAGAGAUUGAAGAUCAAGCCGAACAAACUAGCUCUUCAAACCUAGUCAAAGAAUCCUCUGAUAAAAGGGUGAAAAUAGAGUCACCUGAUUAUACAGUCAACAACUAUGAAGAACAAGAGCCUUCAAAGGAGAUCAACAAGUACAGAUUUGUCCAAAAUGUGAUAUCAGAUUGCUCAAAAUAUUCGCGUCCUAUCGUGAAAAAGCCAAAGUUAGCAAUGGCUAACCAUGGAGAGUAUAGCGAUUGUACCGUAAGUACGGAGUCCUCGUCACAAUCGUACCAUUGUGGAGAAUCGGAGAGCAUUCCAGACAUGAUCAAUGAAGGCAAUGAUGUUGAAAACCACAGAGUUAGAGAAAUUUCUGGAGAAGAAACCAAAAUCAAAACCAAGAUGUUACUUGACUUGAAUCUUCCUCUCAUUGAACCUGAUUUAGAAGUUAAAAUUGAAGUUUCAUCAUCUAUGAUCAUGCAACAAAACAAUGAUAACCAAUGUGAAAAUGUACCUUGCUUUCCAUCUGAGAUAACUCAAAUCAAUGAGAUAGAGGAGUUUUCUGAUGGCCACGAAGAGCAGAAACCAAUCAUUGUCAACCGGCGCCAGAGUACAAGGAAUCGACCGUUGACUAGAAAAGCAUUGGAAGCUCUGGAGUCCCGAUUUGUCAACUCUAAGAGGAAGAGAAAGAACUUGGAAUCUUCACAGAAUAACUCAAAGUCUCAAGGUGAUGAUAGCAUUGACAAUCCUAUGCCUUAUAUAGGAGUAGAGAAGGAAAAUGUUAUCAAGGAAUAUAGCAGUAGCAUCAAUUUGGGUAAGGAGGAUAUUUAUGAUAUGUGAAAACUGAAAAAUUUGGCAUAGAUUCAUCUUUUGAAGAUACAUGUU